UUCAAAUAUUCGACUCUACAAAUAACAAUUGAGAUCGUUAAAGCACAGAAGCAGGUCUUCCAAUCAAAUAAGCCUUAUUUUCAGCAAGACGCGCUAUAAAUUCCAAUCAGAAUCCACGAACGAGUCUCGUUUGCCGAACGAUUAUCCGAAUUACCAUCCAUUUAAUCAAUAGGUGGUUUUUUUCAUGUGACUACGCUUGUCACACAUCGAACGUCACUUGGUGUUUUCUCCUUGUCUUGUGUGGAACGAAGUUAGAAAAAAUUUACAGCGUAGUUAAGUGACUUUAUUAAAGUUUUCUUAAAAUAUUAAAAGUGAAAAUGACUAGCCAAACGCAAGGUAUCCAACAGCUGCUCGCUGCAGAAAAGAAAGCCGCCGAAAAGGUAGCAGAAGCUAGAAAACGCAAGGCAAGAAGAUUGAAGCAAGCCAAGGAUGAGGCCACCGAAGAAAUUGAGAAAUAUCGCCAAGAACGUGAACGUCAGUUCAAAGAAUUCGAAGCCAAGCACAUGGGCUCGCGUGAAGGUGUUGCCGCGAAAAUCGAUGCUGACACCCGCACUAAAUUAUCCGAAAUGGACCGUUCGAUUUCCACUCGCAAAGAACCUGUAAUAGAGGAAGUCCUACAAUUUGUGUACAACAUUUCUCCCGAAUUGCACAAAAACUUUGUACAGAACUAAAUGGUUUUAGCCUUUUAGCCAGGGUGAAGGGAUAAAUGCCAACUUGCAUGCAUUUCUUUUAUUCGUCGUGUACUUGUAAAGUUAAUUAUUGAACUAACCAAACAAACUAGCUAACUAAGCAGCAUAUUCCCAAAAUUUCGUAUACGUUCCAUUUAAAUUCAUAUUUGUGGUGUUGUUUCGCCUUUACUUAAAAAAAUUCCAGAUAUCAGCGUUUCCAUUCACUGAAGGUCACUACUUAAAAUAUAAAUACAAAAGUGGGCGCAAAUGCACCGAAUGAUUUGAAGCUAAAAUAUUCAAAGUAUUAAGCCGAAAAGUAUGAAGAAAAUGUAUGCUAUCAUUGUUAUUAUAAAGUGUAACUAAUAUAACUUGUGUUCUUGUUAUUAUGCAAUAGUUAAAGAAAAAAGUGUGAAUAUUUAAGCAAUAAAAGUUCAUUCAUGUUUUUCUUUUAUGGCCUAGAAA